GUCAAUUGGCGAGGAUAUUUGGACUGUCCUAAUGGAGAAGGUGAUGGCAGGUCAUCAUAAUCAGAAUCGUCAUGAUCAUGGUACUGCUGAAGAUUUAAACCGUAAAAGUGUAUUUCGACGAUGA